AUGGCUAUCAACGAAAUAUAUCAGUAUUCGCUGGUGAAUGCGCUAAUGUCCGGCGUCUCCGAUAGCGGUAUAACGGUGUCUACACUUCUUACCAAAGGCAACCAAGGGCUCGGCACAUUCGUUCUCAUGGAUGGCGAGCUGUUACUCCUCGAUGGCACAGUUUACCAGCUUCAAUCAGAAGGAAGAAUACGCGUGGCGGACCCAGAUGAUCAGAUCCCUUACGCCGCGGCCAUCCGAUUCGAGCCACAGCGGACCGUGAGCGUGGUAAUGGAGAGCAAGAAUGCACUAGACCGCGUGCUGGAAGGGAGAAACGACCAUGCUGGGAAUUUGUUCAUGGCGUACAGAUUGGAGGGUCGCUUUUCGCGUAUUAAAUGUCGCACGGUAAAGGGACAAGAAUACGCUGGACAGCCGCUGUCCGAGCUGGGUAAAAGCCAAUUCGUUGCCGAAUACAACGACAUCGAAGGCACAAUUAUUGGAUUCAGGUCUCCCAGUGCAUGGCAGGGUUUCUCUGUCGCAGGAAAUCACAUGCAUUUCAUCGACAAGGACCGGAAGGUGGGCGGACAUGUACUAGAGAUGGAGAGUAAAGAGAAAGUGAACGUCGGGAUUGCGACGGUCAAGGACGUGCACAUUGAGCUGCCUACGAGCGAGAAGUUCAAUGAUGCGAAAAUGGCGACGGACGAUGCGGGCUUGAAACAAGUAGAAGGCUGA